CGGAGCACGCCAAGCAGCUGGCGGCAACGGCGGCGGCCACAGCUGCAGCGGCGGCCACCGGAGGCAUCGCAGGUUCUUCGGCAGCCGACUUGGAUCUUGUGGCGCUCCACCAGCUGGCCACUGCCACCUCCAGGGCCGAGACCGCGGAGCUGCGGCUGCACACCCUGGAGCGCGACCAUGGUGUGCUGCAGGCCGACGUCGCCGCCCUCAAGCGCCAGCUGCAGCAGCAGCGCCAGGCGCGCGAGGCCGCAGAGGAGCGUGCCGCAGCCGCCAUGCAGCACAUGCACGCCUGCGAGCUGCGGUACAUGUCGCAGGUGGAGGAGCUGCAGCGGCAGCUGGCGGAGGCGCACCGCGAGCGCUGGAGGCACGACUUGGGCCUCGAGCCGCCACGCAAACGAGUGUCUUCGGGGCCGGUUCGGACAACGGCGACCACGGUGCAUGCACAGGCGUCGUUGCUCUCACAGCAGAAGCAGCAGGAGCAGGAGCAAGAACCCUCGCGGCCGAAGCCAUGCCUGGAUGCUGAGUUAGGUGGUGGCGGGAAAAGGAGUGGCGAAGCGUGGUUGAGCGGGGAGCUAAUCAGCGAGGUUGAGGGUGUGGAGGAAGCAGAGAGGCUGCUAAGAAGUGCGCAUCCGCCACCGGAAAGUGUGGUUGGGGGGUAUGAGCAGAGGGUUGGGAUAACGGAGGAGGCGGAGGGGCUGGAUCCUUUUGGCCCGGAUGCACGCUUCACAGUACAACACGUCGAGUCCUUGGUGGUGGGAGAAGAUACCAGUUUAGAAGUCCUGCCGGAAGUGGCGCGUCUCUUAGAGCUGCAGCGCCGCAUAUCAGGCCAGGCGUAAGUGGCACAUGUAGGUUCCUGCGUGUGUCCCGGGGAUUACCAACCUCACGCUUCGCCAUGUGGAUGUUUUUUGCGGUAAAAUGCAUGCUGCCAGGUGGUGUUUCUUUGCUGCGGGCAGUGCUGGUAGAUAGAGGGUUGUAUGGCUUGGGGGUUCUGCUAUGCGUUGCUGGGUGGAUGCUGGGUACUUGCGGGCUUGGUUGGGGCCCCCCAACUCCAUAUGUCAUAUGCCGCACAGCUUUCUUCCCUUGCUCAUGCAAUGCAGCUGGUCAGCGGAGAGAUAUGUUAUGCACUACGGGAGCUUUCAGCUGACCGAGUCGCACCGUGGUAUCAAAGGCGCAGGGUUACGGCGAAAAGACGAAAGGCACUUUAAGCUAUAUCCAUGUGCCUUCACAGUUUAUGUAAACUUGAAUUCUG